CUUGUUAAAAGUUAGAAGUGUUAUUCCGAGCAAAAAAAAAAAAAGUCUGAAGUGGUAUUUCGAGUUUGAGAAUUAUGGAGAGACGGAUUAAUGAAGCAGCGAUGGCAGGUGAUACAAGUACUUUACUUGAGUUGAUUCAACAAGACCCGCUCAUUCUUGAUAGACUUAUGGUGAUGGGCUCACUCCAAGAAAACCCUCUACAUAUUUCAGCAAUGUUAGGCCAUACUGAUUUUACAAGAGAGUUGUUGAAUCGAAAGCCUGAGUUAGCUCGUGAAUUGAACUCGCAAGGUUUUACACCUCUUCACUUAGCUUCGGCAAAAGGGAAGAUCGAGAUUGUGGAGGAGAUUUUAAGGAUCGACACUGCUUGUUGCUUCAUACAUGAUCGCGAGGGUAACAUACCGUUACAUUUGGCAGUAAAUAAAGGUCAUAUUGAGAUUGUUAAGGAGUUUAUUAAUGUUAAACCGGAGUUGAUUCGGUUGCUUACGAGUCAUGGCGAAACAAUUCUGCAUCUUUGUGUGAAAUAUAAUCAGUUUGAAGCUUUUAAAAUUGUUGAAGAUGAGGAGAUUUUAAAGAGCAAAGACUAUGAAGGAAAUACAGUGUUGCACCUUGCUGUUGCUAUGAGACACCUCCAGAUGAUAAAAUAUUUGGUAGAGAGUAAUAGGGUCGACGUAAACACCCUGAAUGCAAAUGGUUUCACAGCUUUAGAUGUGUUACUACAAUGUCCAGCUCAAUCAGGAGACCUGCUAAUAGGUGAAAUUCUUCGGAGUUUCGGAGCUAUAAGAUCCAUCAAUACCAUGCUACCCUCCGCUAUAGCCAUAUCCUCACACCAAAUUGAACCUGAUAUGAUCGGCUCGCAAACAAUCCUUAGCAGAUCACUGAAAGAAAAGAAAAGAAAGAAGAAAAUUACGAAGAAAAAAAUGAAUGCUAGUGAGGAAGAAGAUGAUGAUGAUGAUGAUUUUGAAAACAAUCGCGACUUAAGACGAGAUGCAAAUUCAUUAAUGGUGGUGGCUGUACUAAUAGCCACCAUGACGUUUGAAGCUGGAUUAAACCCACCUGGUGGAGAUUGUGUUAAACUAAUAAACGCUGCUACUUCUAAUUGCACAAUCAACAAUUCAUUCUUCAAUAGGAGUACAACUUUUGAAUCACAGAUCUUUAACGGCACCGAGAUAGGUAAUUUUAUAAAGUUGCCAGGAUUCAGCUAUUACGUUUUUGAGUUGGUCGACACCGUAGGAUUUUUAUCAUCGUUGAGUGUCAUAGUUCUGAUUAUAUGUGGAUUUCCCUUCAAGCAAAGUUGUCUCAAGUGGACUUUAAUGGUAGUUAUGAUGAUAGCAAUAGCAUCAGUGGCUUUGUUGUUCAUGUUUUGGAUGUACGCAACUAACCCCAACCAUUAUGUCGUACAGAGCUUUCCUGCUUUUUGGUUGUUAUUGAUUGUUUUGCUUGCAGUAUGGCAACUCUUCCGGUUUAUCGUAUGGUUGUUCAAGAAAUUUGAACGAGUGGCUUGUAAGAGACCGAGAGUGCAUUAAGAGAAUAAAAUGAUGUUCGAUACUGGUAAAAUUAUGGUUGUUGAAUCAAGGUGAAUACAGUUAUAUGUAUGUAUAUAGAAUAUUAAUUAAAGGAUUUGUAAUGAACUAUAUGAAAUUGUAUCUGUAAUGUUAUAUAGUUUGCUAGCGAGAAUAACUUUUGUUUGGUUCUC